CUGACGUGGCAGCCCCGUUAGAAGUGGGAUUGGCAGGGGAGCGUGGGAGUUCGUCGGCGCGGAUUUCGUGGCAGUUCUUACAUGCAGAUGGCUUCAAUGGGAGACAAGCAGAUGGCUUCAAUGGGAGACAAGCAGUGAGGAACCGGCGAGUGGAUCUCACCCAUUCGAGCAGCUCGUUGCCAUUUACAGGUGAUGGUAGAUGCACUGCGCUCACAAUUGGGAGCUCGAUUUGAGGCUGAUGGGGGGGCAGCUUCAUCGAACCCGCCGUUUCGGGAAGUGAUGAGGAACAUGAUGCAGAUCAUCUGGGAGUUGGAUGAGGAUGGUCUCAUGUCAUUGAAUGGUCAACAGGAGGAGACUCUGAAGCGGUGUUGCUACGACAUCUUCGAGGAGGGACAAGAUGUGUACGCAGCGCUGGAGGAGGAGUGGUACUUGCACUUUGAGACGGAAGAUGAAGAUAAUACUGACGCGAGCAUCAUCAACUGUGAUGAGAUCGGGGAGGGCCAAGCUUGAGGUGAUGACGUCCUCGCUAUUGACAAACACGCCAACGACAACAAUAAAUUCGUGCAGGUCCG